AUGGAUGCUGGAACGGGCGUAGCAAAGCAUUUGGACGCCUUUGACGAGCUUGUUGUCGGUCUUCAGACGCUUGGAGAGCCUGUCGACGAGGUACGGCAGCUGGUAGUGCUACUGAGCAGCCUUUCAGCAGAAUACGAGCUGAAAUUAUCUAUUAUCGAGAUUGUCAGAGACAUCACGCUCAUCGAGGUGAAAGAGAAGCUGUUGAAGGAGUGUUAA